UUGCUUUCCCUAAAAGGCGAAAUGGGCGGACCCGGAUGUGACGUCGUGGGGUCAAAGGUACAUUUUUUUUCGUCAGCUCUUUUCCCCGCGUAGAAGUUGCGCGAGCUAACUGGUUCCAGGCGGUCAUCGGUUCGCGGGCUGCUCAACGCCUCCACGUCCGAGGCGAGGUAUUAAAACGGGCUUUUUUUGCGGGCGGAGGGGGGGGAAAGGAAUUCAACGGCCACUCGCGAGCCUGGUUUUGGCUCCUCGGGGUGUCCGACGGGGAACUGCGGGUUAGCCGCCGGUAGCAUUCGGCGUUCGGGCAGCCGGAGGCCACGCACGUCAGUGCCCUCGCGACGCUCCCUUGUCUUGGUUCGAGCGCCCCUUCGACGCACCUGGAUUCGGCGGAGGGCGAAUCGCAGAUCCGCCGAAGUCUCCCCGAGUGAUAUUGAUGGCGACGGCGGAGCCUCCGAGCAGCAGCAGCAGCUUCCUUCCUCUGCUGGAGUCUCUGGAGGAUGUCACCACCGGACCGGCCGAGCAGACGGACGCCUACCUCACCAUCGCCAAUCUGCUCAGCGGAGAUGAAUACCGACAGUUCCUUACGGCAGUGGAGAGGCACUUCCCCCGUUUGGGUACAGCCAUCCUGGCUCACAUAAGCAGCCCGACCGCGGAGCUGAGCCAAGCGGCCCUGCAGGCUCUGGGGUUUUGUGUGUACCACCGUCGCGUUGUCUCAGCAGUGCCCGAAUCCUUUGUGGCAGAGAUCCUGUCGGCGCUUUGCUCCCUGGUGGCGAAGUCAACGGAUAAGAACACGUGCACCAGGGCCUUGUGGGUCAUCUCCAAGCAGAGCUUCCCUGCAGAUGUGGUCGGCCAAAAGGCGCCGUCCAUACUGGGAACGCUGGAGAGCGUGUGGAGCAGAGGGGACAUCCAUUCCGUGGUGAUGGAGCACGAGGCCUUAAACGUCAUCAUCAGAAUGCUGGAGCAAGUCCCGGUCCAGAUGGGCGAGGGAGCGCUGAGGUGGGCGAAGCUCGUCCUCCCGCUGGUGGUGCACUCCGCCGCCAAGGUGCGUCUGCGGGCGGCGGCGGCCCUGGAGACGGGGAUGCCCGUCCUCAUGGAGAAGCAGAUGGAGGUGGCCGCCAUCAUCGAGCCAAUGAUGUCCACAAAACUGGUCCCAGAGCUGCGAAAGCUGUUUCUGGCCAAGAAUGAAGCAAACGUCCUGAAGCUGUGGCCGUUAUUCGUCAAACUGUUCGGGAAGCUGCUGCACAGAGGAGGUCCUUUCAUCAACAGCCUGCUGAACCUGGAGGAACUCGGCUUCCGCAGCUCCUCGCCCGCCGUCAAGAAGAUCGCCUUCAUUGCCUGGAAGAGCCUCAUAGACAACUUCGCCCUGGAUCCGGACAUCCUGUGCAGCGCCAAACGCGUGAAGCUGCUGAUGCAGCCCCUCACGUCCAUCAACGUGCGGACGGAGGUCCUGCUGCUCACCAAGGUGGAGGUCUGGUGGUACCUGGUGGUCCAACUCGGGCCCAACCUGGCACCCAACUUUGAGCAGGUGUCUGUGCCACUGCUGCAGUGCACCAUCGGCUCCGACCCCCCUUUGGCCUCUGGCGCCUCGUCUAGAGCAGCCGGUCAGAACGGCUCCGGCACACCCGGCACGCCGAAGACCGGCUUCAACAGUUCGGUCAAUACGUCUCGGAUGAGCCUCAACUCCAGCGUACAGAUGGCCACCACCUUCCCCUCCAUCCAGCUGCUGGGCCUGGAGAUGUUGCUCCACUACUUCCUGGGACCGGAGGUCAUCGCCACGGCAGCCAAGAAGAAGCUCAGCCUGAGUCUGGAGCCUUUGAGCCACUCGCUCUUCUCCGGCGCUCCCUCGUUCACCAAACACGCCGCCGGGCUCACGGCCAACAUCCGCGAUGGAUUCACCAACGUCGGCAAAGACGCUCCAGAAGCUCUUCUGGGCGUUUUGUGGACCAGCCUCGUCCGCUUCGUCAACCUGACGAUAGAAUCUGGCAGUAAGAAGGACCGCCACGGGGGCGACGUGCUGACGCUGAUGCUUCAGGCUCUGCAGAGCAUCGUCGUCUCAGAAGCUCUGCCUGCAGACAAAGUGCUGAUCCUGUUUGAAGCCACAGUGAAAGGGAUUCCCCACAGAGUCCUCGGCUCCGCCGCCUAUCAAGUGGGCAAGAUGGACGUGCUGAAUGGGACGCCGGCUCUCUUUCUUAUUGUUCUGCUGUACAACAGCAGCUCGCUCUGCGCCUACAUGGAGGACGAGAGGUUCUUCCAGUGCCUUCAGGUCCUGGUGGGCUGCGGCCUGUCGGGCCCCACCUCCCCGCUGGCGUUUGGGGAGGCGGUGCUUGGCGCCAUCCGCCGCGGCGCCGCCUGCGUGCAGAACAAGGAGCACCUGUGGAGGACGUGGAGCGCCAUUGUCACUCCGCUCACCGACACCAUCACGCAGUCUAAUGAAGUGAACCAAGGCGACGCUUUGGAGCACAACUUCAGCGCCGUGAACGCCGCCCUGAUGUUCCCCAUCACGCACCUCCUACACGGCUCGCCGCUCCCGCAGGCGGCCCAGAAGUCGAUGCUGUCCUCGUGGUCCAAGCUGUACCGAGUGUUCGCCCGCUGCUCGGCGCUGGUGGUCACGGCCGAGGAGAACGUCUGCUGCGAGGAGCUCUGUGCCAAGAUGGCGGCCGCGGUGGAUGGCGACGCCUUAGUGGUUCCCUCCACGCUGAAUGCCGUUACCAGUAUCCUGCAGGUCAUGGUGGAGUGUGUGGACUUCUCGCCGUUCACCCCCCAGUUUCAGCAGAAGCUGAAGUCUCCUCACACGCCCGUGAACUGGACGAGGAAGCGGAACAAGGUCCUGGGGAACCUGUCCACCUUCCAGUCCCUGCUGGUGCAGUGCCUGGAGGUCUACCUGGGGGGCGCCGAGGCGUCCUCCGAGGCCACGGGGCUGGCCCUGGUCGCCGUCAUGUCGGCCCUCUUCACCAACCUGGCGCUCGCCAACACCGUGAGGGGAGCGCUCGCCUCGCUCGUUCGGCCCCUCGCCGUCUUCUACAAGCAGGCCGCCGGCGAGCCGCCCAAGUUCUCCUCGCAGCUCCUGGGAAAGCUGGAGAAGCUCCUGUGCGACGUCCUCGGCUGCCUGCAGAGCCGCUCGGCUCUGGCCUACGACGACGAGCUGCUGGCGCUGCUCUCCCCGCUGCUCUGCGCCUGCUUCCCUCACAGGAACAAGCAGCUGCGCUCCGCGGCCGCGCACUUCUGGAACGCCACCUUCGCCAACGCCGCGUGCCUCACUUACCCCGACGAGAUCAGGCCCGUGUUGAGCCACGUGAAGCAGAAGACCCCGAUCAUCCUCCCCGGCUUCGAGGCGGUCGGCGUUCCCGACGAGCUCAGCGGGCCGUACUCUAGCGAGAGCUCCCAGCUGGAGGCGAACCUCAGCGGGAUGCCGGUGUCGUCCUCGGCGGCGAGGGACGCGCUGCUGAAGAAGGCGGAGCCGAAGGCCUGCGGCGCCGCGGCGGCCUCGAAGUCCGUUUCUACCAAGCUGGACUUUGGCUCCCCUAAGCCUCCCCCCAGAGGAGCUUUGGAGGACGAGGCCUCCAUCGACUUUGUGUUCAUUCCUCCAGAGGCGAAGGAGCGCGUUCUGACGGAGCACCAGAAGGAGGUGAAAAGGACUAAAAGGGUGGACAUCCCCGUCAUGUACAACAACCUGGAUGCCUCCCUGGACACCACGGUUUUCACCCAGUACACCCAGAGUCAGGAGGAGUCUCUAGACAAACCGGCACCGGGACACGCUGACGAGGAAACCAAAGAGGCUCCUGGCGAGGCGGAUUUGCUGACGCAGGUUCCUCAGGAGGAGGAAGACUCAAAGGAGACUCAAGACUUUGCCGAUCCAGCAGCAGCAGAGAAGACUGCAGCAGACCAGCAGCAGCAGGAGGAGGAGGAGGAGGAGGAGGUGGAGGAGGUGAUCCCCGAGUCGGCGGAUGUUUCCAUGGAGAACGCCAAGAGUGGUGAUGCAGCAGACCUGGACCUCCAGUCUCCAGGAGGCAGGAGUCCGAACAUCUCUGGCUCUUCCGAUUUGGUCUCGGGGACGCCCCAGAAACCCAACAGCCGGCGCCAGUCCUUCAUCACGCUGGAGAAGUACGCAGAGGGAAAACCUGCCAGCCCCAGCAGCGCGUCCACCUUCACGGGUACCCUCAGAAAACCCCCCAGCAGCCGAGAACGCUCCAGCAGGAAGUCGUCCUCUCAGGCUUCCCAGGCGUCCCCUGGUCCCAGCUCUCAGGACUCCGCGUCCUCCCAGACAGACGACUUGAACCCGCAGUGUCCCGUGAGCGACGCCCUCGAUUCCCCCGUGAGGCCCAAAGACUGCAGGACCAAAGGUGAGCCGGUGAGGCUGACCGAGAGGCUGCCCAGCGACCCGACCGACGAGGAGAACGUCAUCCCGGACACCCAGGCUCAGACGGCUUCCUCACAGGAGAUGAAACCCUCAAGCCAGGAGGAGGAGGAGGAGGAAUCCGACGCCACUCUGGACGACUCUCAGUCGUCUCAAGGCGAGCCGAGGAGGUCCGGCCGCUGCAGAGUCCGACCUCUGCUGCCAGGAGAGGACCCCGAGGACCGGGAGGAGAAAUACAAGCCUUUGAAGAGGCGGCGCUCUGGAGACGGCCCCAAAAGCGAUCCAGCGACGUCGAGCUCGCCGCAAAGCAGGCGAAGCACGAGGAGCGGGCAGAACCCCGAGGGGGACGGCGGCCGGGGCAGACUGAGAACCAGGUCUCAGACGGACAAGCGCGAGUCGGGCCCCACCGGCUCACAGGGAAGAUCCUCCAAGAGGGUCAAGCUGUACAGCGCUUCACAGGACUUCCUUGGACCUGAUCCCAAGGACAGCCAGUCGCAGGGAAGGCAAAGGCCGCGGAGUAAAGCGACGGAGGAGACCGCGGCGGAAGGCGGCGAGAUGAAGGCCGCGGGUUCGCUCGGCGAGGAACGGGCCGCUCAGACUGCCAAGUGUACGCCAGAGGACGGGCUAGAAGACGAAUCCCAGGAGUUGGCGGCUGGUCGACUUACUGAAAAAGACGGUGAUGAACGGAAAUGUUCUCAAACGACCACUUGUCUCGAACCGCAAGACGUUGAGAUGGAGGAACCGACUGAGGAAGGAAAGCAGGCCGAUCCUCACACUGUCACCGCUUCCUCCACACAGGGGGGCCAAGAGUCUGAGCUUUUAGAGAAGACCAGCCGGGGUGAGAGGGCUUCUCCCGCUGACCAAGAGCCCGAAGGAGGCGCAAACGUGGCCAAAAGGUUGAAAAAGGAGUCCGAGGUCAAAACGAGUGACGACACGGAUGACGGCCUGAGCCAAGACGGCUCUCCGGUGAUCACGCCCUCCUCUGAGGGCCGGGCUGUGCGUCGCUCCAGAAGAAGCAAGGUCUCCUCUGAGGAACCAGCAGAUGGAGGUGAAAGCAAGGAUUUGUCGGGAAGGCCUCGUCCUCAGCCGGAGGCCGGCAUCGCAGGAAGGACGAGGAGGAGCAAGGUACAGGAGGAGCCCUCAAGGCCCAGGCGUAGCGACAGAUACCUGCGGGGGAGGUCCUCCCCAGCGUCUCCCGCAAGCAGUAAAGAGUCCUCAGAGUCAGAGUCCUCCGAGGUCAAAGAACAUCUCCUCGAGCCCAAAAGGAGGGGAAGGACACCCCGAGCGUCUCUUCCAAGUCCUCUCACUACUGACUCUAAGGAGGUCGCGAGGAACAAAGGGACGCUGGACCAGGAGAAUGUCCCCGAGUUAGAGGAGUCACAGGCGACGCAAGACUGGCAGGAGUCUGGGGGUCUGAGUCACCACGAGGAGGAGGGCAACGAGGAGUCACGGGCGGAGCAGGAGAAGGGCAACAACGAGGAGUCACGGGCGGAGCAGGAGAAGGGCAACAACGAGGAGUCACGGGCGGAGCAGGAGGUUAACGAGGAGUCACGGGCGAAGGAGGAGGGCAACAACGAGGAGUCACGGGCGGAGCAGGAGGUUAACGAGGAGUCACGGGCGAAGGAGGAGGGCAACAACGAGGAGUCACGGGCGGGGGAGGAGGUUAACGAGGAGUCACGGGCGAAGGAGGAGGGCAACAACGAGGAGUCACGGGCGAAGGAGGAGGGCAACAACGAGGAGUCACGGGCGGAGCAGGAGGGCAACAACGAGGAGUCACGGGCGGAGCAGGAGGGCAACAACGAGGAGUCACGGGCGGAGCAGGGGGUCAACGAGGAGUCACGGCCGGAGCGGGAGGUUAACGAGGAGUCACGGGCGAAGGAGGAGGUUAACGAGGAGUCACGGGCGGAGGAGGAGGUUAACGAGGAGUCACGGGCGGAGGAGGAGGUUAACGAGGAGUCACGGGCGGAGGAGGAGGUGGUUAACGAUGACACAAAGCGGAGCGAUUGGCCCGGGGUGUCGUCUCCCACGGAGCAGAAGGCGAGCAGCUCUCCAUCUGCUGCGGUGCUGGAACCGGUCGGGAUCUCUUCGGAUCCGACCCGGGACUCCUCUGUGUCUUCUGUUGAGGAGGCGCCUCCCAAAGAGACAAUGGAGGCGCUGCGGGUGUCUGGGUCUUCGGAGGAGAAAGACGAAGAGGUCACAGGGACGACGACGUCUGAGCCAGAGGAGACGCUGGUUGGUGAACGUCCCCCUUUUCCUCCCACAGGCCCAGACGGCCCUGGCGAGCCCGCCCCUGGGGGGUGGCUGGCGUCGACGAUGGAGGCCCUGGCCGUGGCCCCCCUGGAGCUCGGUCACUGCGCCCCGCAGCUGGAGCAGCACCACGGCCGGUUGGCCUGCGUUGCGGAGACCCGACCCGACGGUUCAGAGUGGACCCCCCGCGAGGCCCCCGUGGUCCCGCUGGAGGACGCGGCCGAGGACCGCCGCGUCGAGGGUCCGCUGUUCUCUGAGGAGGCGGCGGCGGAGUCGGCCCCAGAUGACGGAGGUGACGCGACCCUCCAGGAGAGGGAGUCCUGCGGCGAGGGGACGAGCUCGGCCUCCCCGGCGAAGCAGAGGGAGCUGGAGGCUCUGAUGGCGGCGGAUGUUUCCGGGAGCCCGAGCAGCGGCAGGACCCGAGGGACGUGGUCUCCUUCAGCCUCCCCGUCCACCAGCAUUCUGAAGAAGGCCCCGAAGAGACUGCAGGAGGAGGAGGAAGAGGAGGAGGAGGAGGAGGAGGAGGCUGCCUCCCCUCUGGUCAAAUCCAGACGCGUGUCCUUUGCGAAUCCGAUCCAACAUCAGGAAUUGGCCGACGACAUCGACCGCCGCAGCCCGGCCGUCAGGACCAGCUCCCCCCGGACCUCCAGGGGCAGCGGCAUCCCCAAGUACGUCACCACGCCCACCAAAGGCCUCCUCAGCACGAGUCCCAGCAGAGCGCUGCACAGCCCGGGGUACAAGAGCUCCAAGAAGUGCCUGAUUUCCAAAAUGAGCCAAGAGCCGCGGCCCGUCUCCAGAGACAGCGUCUAUCCGUCCCUGGUGGGCUGCUCUGCGCCCGUGGAGGCCGUGCUGCCUCAGAUCUCCUCCAACAUGUGGUCUCGGGGUUUCGGGCAGCUCGUUCGAGCCCGAAACAUCAAAACGGUCGGCGACCUCAGCGCCCUGACCCCCGGCGAGAUCAAGACGCUGCCCAUCCGCUCCCCGAAGAUCUCCAACGUCAAGAAGGCUCUCAGAAGUUAUGAGAUGCAGCGCAAAGGACGAGCCGGUGAGGAGUUGAAGAGCUUUGAGGAGAGGGAGACGACCUCUGAGCUGGAGGAGACCGGCGCUCCUCAAAACCAAGAUGAGACCUCAGAGACGCUGGCAGAGGAGCUGCUGGAGGAACGGCUUCCUUCCGCGACUCCGGCGCCCGACGCGGCGCCCGGGGAACGCGGCCCUGCAGGUUGGCUGGCGUCGGCGAUGGGGGCCCUCGGGGACGUCGGGCCCCUGGAGCUCGCUCACUGCUCCCCUCAGCAGCUCGUGGAGCUGCACGGCCGGCUGGGAGGCGCCAUGGGGCAGGUGGUCGUGGAGCUGCAGAGGCGCCUCAGCCAGAAGGAGGCGGGACCCCAGAGAGGCUCCGCCUCUGAAGCCUCAGACACUCUAAUGCUAGAAGACUCGUAGAAAGAGGAGGAGCCUGCUCAGCCCGUCUGCGUUUUAUUCAUUUGUGUUUUUUUAGUUUUUCAAUAAAAGACCACCUACAUUUUU